AUGGGCACGAAGCGGCCGGGCAUGUCGUGCAGCAACUGCCACACGACUGCCACGUCGCUGUGGCGCCGCAACGCGCACGGCGAGACCGUCUGCAACGCCUGCGGCCUCUACUACAAGCUGCACAACAUCAACCGCCCGCUCGCCAUGAAGAAGGACUCUAUACAGACAAGAAAGCGAAAACCAAAGAAUAGUAUGAAGGCAGAAAGAAGUCUCAGCAAAAGUAGCUCGCAUGCAGCGCACGCAACACAUGCAACGCACGCGUCACACGCGACGCACGCCGCGCACGCACCGCACUCCGCGCAUUCUGUCGCAAACACCGUCAAAAUCGAGAACUUGUUGGAGAACAACUCCGGCUUAAGCAAUACGGGCGGCGUUGAGAACCGGGCGGCGCUCGCGCUGGGCUACUACGUGCAGCACGCGCUCAAGCAGGAGGAGCCGCCGCCUGCGCACGCACACGCGCACACGCACGCGCACACGCACUCGUACGCACACACGCACACGCUGGCCGCCGCGUACGAGGACGAGUACCGGCGUGCCGACGCCGAGCGCGGCGCCGCCGUGUCGCUUGCGAGCUGA